AUGAGUUUCGCAACACCGAUCAUGGGGGCUCGAUGCAAGACAGCUGCUCUCAGAACCGUAUUCGAAGAAGAGUCCGACGACGAAGACUACGACGAAACCUCGCCAGAAGUGAAGGAUCCAGAACAUGGAAACAGCCUAGAGGCACUGGAAUCUCGCUCAAUCGCGUUAGACGCUACAGCACCAGAUGCUCACGCUACUGGCGAUCUAUCCAUAAGCGAUACGCACGAUCAGGCCGAGAUGAACCGACUUUCGAGAUUGGCUGUGACAACUCUCGGUAGCUCCGACGAGAGCACCGAGAGCAAUGCCGAUAUGAACAUCGUAAUGGACGAUCAAAAUCCACGCGGAGACACGGAAAGCGAAGACGACGUCACCCACCAGCCAUCAAAUGAGAGGAGCUCUCCCUAUAAUGUGCCAGAGCGACAUGGUCUAGCUCCAGUCGUCACCCAAGAGGUAACAGCUGCCGGUUCAAAUUUCAAUCAUGCGACCACUGAGCUCGACGAAAUCCACAACUUCCCAAUCUACGAAGACGGCAGCAGCACUCUCCUCGAAGAGGUCCCGGUCAAGUCAGAAAGUUCUCGUGCCUUGAAGCAGAGAAGAAUUGACCGACUCUCCGAUGACCGAGAGACAGGGAUUUUCCUGAAUCCAGAUUAUGCAAGGAUUCUAAACUCAAGUACUGGACGUCAGUCGGUCACCGCAGACCCAGAAAUGUUUCCAGAGGAAGAGAGAAAACUCGGUUUCCAAGGAGACGGUGAGAAUGUGGACGAUCUUCUGAGCGCCUGGCGGAGAGGUUACGAACCUGAUGAUGUUGAAGCUCGUGCUCUAGAUCGCAGACAUGCACGAGAUGAGCUCGUCAACUGGAGACAUACUUUCGACAAUAUUCCAGAACGCCCAGUUGAUCCCGACUACGCCAGGAUACUGGGCUCAGCAGCUCCCGCUGUAUUUCCAUCCACUGAUACUUUGAAUGGUCGAUUUUCGCCAGAGGGAUGGCCACGCAAGGUCUACGGCCCUGACCACGAUGAAGAGUAUCGCAGAAUAUUUGAACGACAUGAAAUGAGCUUUGGGCAGCCUCUUACAAGAUCUCGUGUUCCGCUCGUCGAGAAAAUGAUCUGUUCCAGCUGCGGUUUGUUGAAAACACCACGUGAGUUUUCAUUUUCGGUCCGCGAAACCGGAAUCUUCCAUGGGGGUCGUACUUGUCAAACAUGUCAAUCUAUCUUGCAGCAAGACACUGGAUAUCGGGACGAUAGCGAUGAACAUGUCAAGCAAGAUAAAUGUGCAGAUGGAUUUGGCGGGUCGUCCCAGUCGAUCACGAGCUCAUGCAGCACAGCUCGCCGUGGUAGACCCAAGAAGGAUACUAUUCUCCAGGACUCCUGGAGUCCGAAGAAAGAGCCAUGUUCGAAGAGCACGAGUCCCGUCGAGUAUAUCAAGCAAAAAAGCACACUCAAAAGUGUCCGCGGCUCAAGGCCUGCGAGACCUAAGUCGAAGGUUGAGACGGACUCUGAUCCAGAUGGCUUUUUGGAGAGGCUUGAACAAAGGGAAAUCUCGAUCUCCCAGUUCCCUAUCGUUCCACGACUCCGCUUCGUGAACCUCGGCGUCAUGAGAGGGCCUAAUCAACUUCCGAUCUGGAUCAGAACGUCUCGCAGUGCACCUUUGAGUGAACUGUUUAUCGCUGCUGUGCAGUCUGAUGAAGCCCUGAGAAAUCAUGUGUUCAUGCUUCCGGGCCGAUUUGUCCGUUGGGACGAUACUCCUGAUAAGCUCGAUUUGAAAGAUGAAGACUGCUUUGAGAUGCGAGAGCUCCCCGGCACCUGGCUAUCUCAUAUUGUGAGCACACAUUCCCCCGAAGCCGAAGAGGCCAUAAGAGAAGGUUCCGUUGUAACGGUCAAGUCUGAGCAUACCCCCGAAGCUGAAGGCACAACACGAAACAGCUCCGCCAUGACAAGUCCAGUUGGUCCCACGAUAGACGAUGAGACCCAAGCUGAGUUAUUGGCAAUCGCCAAUGAGACAGCAGAAGAUGUCAUGAGCGAAUGCUCGGCCUCGGACAGUCAUGAGUCGACCGAGGACGCCAUGAGCGAAAUAUCAACCUCGGAACGCCAAAGAUCGCUCGGUUCUCAGCGUCAACAUGAACCGUACAACACAUCAUUCAAUUCAGAAAACGCUUCACCAUCUCCCCCGGCAACCCACAGAUCUCGCGAUACUUCCCUAAUCCGCAGCAUCAAAGCAGGCGUCAAAAGAGCACUCCACGAAGAAUAUUUCUCCUACGGUGGGAGUUCAAAGCGUCAGAAGCAUGACGAUACCUCUGAUAAAGGCAUGCAGUUGGACAAGCCAACGCAGGAGAACAAUCUGAGAUGA